AUGCAAGAUCUUGGUAGUGACUAUACACGAUACUUCAACCCCUACUUUGCUGGCGCACGGAGCGCGUCUUCCGAGAAGCUCGCUUCACAGUCAGCGCCGACUUCUAGCACGACUACACCAAUAGCUACAGUCUAUCCCGUGAACCCUUUUCUGACACCGAAUCUCACACCGACUGCGUCGACGACCAAGAUUAACAUCCUGUACGACUUGGAGAAGAACGCUUCACUAAUCGAUGAUCGACUCGUUGCGCCAUAUGAUGAGAAGGGCACGGCAACUUGGCCGCUGAUAGGCGAUGAAGACGAGUCAGACGAUGACAUGCACAUGCCGCAACCUGACGACGACAUCAAAUACAAGACAAAGUUCAAGGAGCACUUCUCGAAAGAAAACGUAGCUUCAACCAUAGGCUUGUUCAUGAUGAUAAUUGGACUUUCCAUGAUUUUCUUUGGUCUGCCCAUCCUGUCGGCUUUGGGCCUUACGAACUACAACUCGAUAUAUUCGACGCCACUCGACCAGAUGUCGCACUACCCCAAACCAGAGCCUUGGGCAAUCGUCAACAGUAAGGAUUAUCCGUUGCUCCAGAACAUGCGGCACGGCCUCAUCGACCGAGAUACGCCUCAGAGCGCCUUGAAAAAGAAGGGUCAGUUCGGCGACGAAUACGAGUUGGUCUUCAGCGAUGAGUUCAACGACAACAACCGCACAUUCUACGAAGGCGACGAUCCCUACUUCUUUGCUCCUGACAUCUGGUACGGAGCCACAAGGGACCUGGAGUGGUAUGACCCGGAUGCAGUGACUACCUGGGAGGGUACACUGGAGCUACGCCUAGAUCAAUUUCCGAACCAUGGUCUGAACUUCCGGUCUGGUAUGCUCAACAGCUGGAACCACCUUUGCUUCAAGGGCGGCAUCUUUGAGGUUUCGAUUUCGCUGCCUGGACCAGCUGGUGUACCGGGCAUGUGGCCUGGGGCAUGGACGAUGGGCAACCUGGGAAGACCGGGCUACCUCUCGACUACCGAUGGCAUGUGGCCGUACACCUACCAGGCCUGCGAUGUCGGCAUCACACCUAACCAGUCCUCUUCUGACGGUCUUUCGAAUCUCCCUGGCCAACGCCUCAAUUCCUGCACCUGCAAAGGCGAAGAUCACCCCACCCCUGGCACCGGCCGUGGCGCGCCUGAAAUCGACAUCAUUGAAGUUGGCGCGACGUACCCACCACACAAUAUGCCCAUUGCAACGCAGUCCUUCCAAGUCGCGCCUUUCGAUGUGUACUGGUACCCCAACUACAACUAUACCGCCUUCCCUGACUACAGCCAAAGCUGGUACAACGGCUACACCGGCGGUCCCUACCAACAGGCCAUCUCGGCGACCACUAAUCUGAACAAAGACUGGUUUGACGGCCAAGCCUACCAGCGCUACUCCUUCGAGUAUGUCCCCGGCGAAGGUAAAGAUGCCUACAUCAGCUGGCAAGUCGGCGACCAAAUGAUGUUCAUGAUGGAUGGCCGCGCGAUUGGUCCCAAUGGCAACAUCCAAGCCCGCCAGAUAUCCGAGGAGCCCAUGAGUCUCAUCCUCAACCUGGGCAUCAGUAACUCCUGGACCUGGAUUGACUGGGAGCACAUGAAGUUCCCCGCCGUGAUGCGGGUAGAUUAUGUCAGGUGGUACCAGAAGAAGGAUGAGGAGAAGCUGGUUACAUGUGACCCGCCGGGCUUUGAGACGACGAAGUAUAUCAAAAAGCAUAUGAAUGCUUAUACAAAUCCCAACUUUACUCGCUGGGAUCAGACGGGCCACAUGUGGCCGAAGCAUAAACUCAACAGUGACUGUAAUGCGAAGUAA